AUGAAAAUAUCUCCUGAUCUCUAUUGCAAUGAAUGUUUUCCCUAUUGUGUUGAAUGUAAUGAUAGCAUUUGUGUUAAUUGUUAAGAUGGCUAUCAUCUAAAUUCAAGAUAAUUAUGUGUUUCUUAAUGUGGCGAUGGAAUCCUUGCUUAUGAUGAAUAAUGUGAAUUUAACGAUACUGAUUGCUUCGGUUGUAAGAUUCAACAGCCAUAAAAUUGUAAGAAUUUUCACGAAACAUGUUUGAUUUGUUAAUAUGGCUAUUAUUUUGACUAUGUAAAGAAUGACUGUUACUCUGUUUGCGGGGAUAAACUAGUUGCCUCGAAUGAAGAGUGUGAUGAUGGUAAUGAAUUUUAUUAUGAUGGUUGUAAUAAAUGUAAAUAUCAAUGCUAAUUGGAAUGCUUAGAUUGCCAUUUUGGUAAAUGUGUUUUAUGCGAAGCUAGUUUGAUUUUGAAUCAAUCAAAUAGUUCUUGUGAAGAGUUGAAAGUGUGUCAAAUUUAAAAAGGAUUAUAUUAUGAAAGUUUUACAAAUAAUUGUAUUUCUAUAUGUGGAGAUGGAAUGGUAGCUGGUAAAGAAGAAUGCGAUGAUGGUAAUAGCGUGUCUAAUGAUGGUUGUUAUUAAUGUAAUUAUCAAUGUGAUAAUAAUUGCAGUAAUUGCUAAAAGGGGGUUUGCUAUGAUUGCAUUUUAGGAUUCCAUUUAAAUCAAUAGAAAUGUUAAUCUGUAUGUGGAGAUGGAAUCAAAAAUGGAAAUGAGGAAUGUGAUGAUUAGAAUAAUAUCCCUAGAGAUGGAUGUACUUAAUGCAAAAUAGAUCCGAAAUAUUAAUGUUAGGAGGAUAACGAUAACCUCAGUUUUUGUUAUAAAUUUUAGGAUAAUUGUGAAUAAGGAGUUUAUAAUCAGUAAGCACUUUUGCAAUGCUAGAUCUGUGAUAGUGGAUAUUUUCUCAAAGACAAUUCAUGUAAUUAGUGUUCACAGAAAUGUAAAUAAUGUGAAAAUACUCCAAAUAAUUGUCUAUAGUGUGUGACUUAAGAUUGUCGAAUAUGUGAUAAUUAAGCGGGGUUUUAUUAAAAUUAGUAGUUAAAAUAAUGUAUCACAUAAUGUGGAGAUAAUAUCAUUGCAGGGAUUGAAUAAUGUGAUGAUGGCAAUAAUAUAGAUAUGGAUGGGUGUAACUCAAAAUGCCAAAUUGAAAAAGAUUUCCUUUGUAAAUAAGGUGUUUGCAUAGGACCACAAAAAAAGCGAAUUGACUGUGCUUAUAAGAAUUCUACUACUUCAAACGACAUUGAUUUAAUUUUUGAAGAAUUAGAAUUCGAAGGAGUAUGUGAGAAAUUGAAUAUAACUAUUGACGAAUUUUAGUCAAUUGAAUUUAAUUAUUCAGUUUUUAAAAAAUCAGAAAUAUAAAAAAAUAAGGCAGGAUGUGAGAUUAGGUUUGAAUUUUUCAAAACUAUUUUACAAUCUAACCUCAUUCAUUUAUAUGUUCCUGUAUUUGAAGUAUCAAAUAGAAUCCUUGUCGAAGAGAUAAGAGAAUUUGUGAUAAUUCCCAGGAAAAAAGAUUAUUAUAAUUCAUAAUAAUAAAGCUAAGCGAAAAUGGUAGUUUCAGCAUCAACUAAGUUUACAUUUUUACUUCAACUUAUUGGGCCUUUAACAAUAAUUUUAGGAGGAUUUAACUUCUUCUGGACUAUUUUAGAUAUUUUGACAUGGAUUAAUAAUUUCUAUUUUCUAAAUGUAGAUUAUCCUUUGAAUGUCAAGAUGUUUUUUAAUUAAUUAAAAUGGGGUGAUCUCUUCAAUCUCCCAGAUUUCAUAUCAUUAAAUUAACCAGAUGAUGCAUAUUAUUUUGAAGCUUCCCCUAAAUUUAUAGAGAAAGAAGUCAAUCCUUUAUUUUUAAAUAAUAUUGAAUUAUUUAUUGCUAUGAUUUUAUUUUUGUUUAUGAUGGAAUUUUUAUGA